UUCCAUGUCAUCAGCUGUUCUAGUCCAAAACUAAAAUGACGGGUUAGGUUCAUUUAAAAAUAAAUAGUUCCUAGAUCUAAAUUGUAUCAUGAAAUGGAAAAAAGUUACUAUCUUAAAGUGAAGAAAAAUAUUUUAAAUGUAGUAUGCACUGUCACGAAAAUAUAAUAUUUAGUACUCUAGCUUAAACUUCGACUCCAAAAGUAAGCACUUAGUGGGAACAUAGACACAGAUAGAAAAAGAUUCAAGAAUACUUGUCCAAUUGCAUAAAUAACUAUUAAUUAUAUAAAAUAAGUCUGAACAGCACAAAUAUAAGAACAUAUCAAGGAAAGAUACAAAUAAGAAAUAAAAUUCAAGAAAUAAUAAGAUUUAAAAUACAUUAUGGCAUCCAAAGCUAAGAAAAUGUCCGUCGACUAUAGUAGCAAUCCGGCCGUAGCGAAUUUCGUGGAAUAUUUGAGGAUACCCAGUGUACAGCCGAAUAUUAAUUAUGAUGACUGUGUAAAUUUCCUUCAGAAACAAGCGAGAAGCUUGGAUUUAGAGUUUAAUGUGUACAAAGUAGUACCUAAGAAGCCCAUCGUAGUGUUAACAUGGGUGGGACAAAGUCCUUCUCUUCAAUCGGUCCUUCUCAAUUCUCAUAUGGAUGUAGUACCUGUAUUUGAGGAUAGUUGGACAUUCCCACCAUUCAGUGGUCAUAUUGACAAGGAUGGUAAGAUAUACGGGCGCGGGUCGCAAGACAUGAAGUGUGUCGGCAUUCAGUACAUCGAGGCGAUCAGGAAAUUGAAAAAGGCUGGAAUCACGUUGAAGAGAACUCUACAUCUGUCAUUCGUUCCUGAUGAAGAGAUUGGUGGUGUAGAUGGAAUGAAGAAGUUUGUCCAUACACCUGAAUUCAAAGCAUUGAACAUUGCAUUCGCCUUAGACGAGGGCAUGGCAAGUCCCACUGAAGAAUUUAUUAUAUUCUAUGGUGAAAGGAGCAUAUGGCAAAUUCACGUGCAUUGUACGGGGCAACCUGGCCAUGGCUCUCUUUUAUUCCCAAAUACGGCUGGUGAAAAGCUGAGGUACAUUAUAAAUAAGUUCAUGACGUUGCGUGAUGAACAGAAGAGCAUUUUGGACAAUAACCCCCAACUGACCAUCGGUGAUGUGACCACUAUCAAUUUGACACAAGUGCAUGGUGGUGUCCAAUCAAAUGUGAUUCCGGAGAAACUAACGGUUGUGUUUGAUUGUCGUUUGGCCGUUACCGUCGACCACGAAGAAUUUGAGAAUAAAAUUAAAGAGUGGUGCAAAGAAGCGGGCGAAGGUGUUACUUACGAGUUUGAACAGAAGAAUGAUAAAAUUGAAUGCACGAAAAUUGAUGAAACCAAUCCCUUCUGGGUUGCUUUUAAAUCGACUGCUGAUAAAUUAAAUUUGAAAUUGGAAUGCCGCAUUUUCCCCGGUGGCACUGAUAGCAGAUACGUCCGUGAAGUAGGUAUUCCGGCCAUAGGCUUCUCGCCCAUGAACCAUACGCCUGUCCUGCUCCAUGAUCACGAUGAAUAUCUUAGCGCCGACAUUUUCCUCAAAGGAAUCGAUAUUUAUGUUAAGAUACUGACCGCUGUCGCUAACGCUUAAAAGUUGCACGAAUUCGUCUUGAACAUGGCAAUAAUUACUAUUUUAAAUAAAUCUUUAAAACCUGUAAGUUUAACUACGCAAAUUUUAUGAUGCUGUGAAGUAUGAGCCUUGCCUAUUUAUCAAUAGACGUUUUAAAUUUAUUUUAUUAACAUGACGUAUUCUUUUUC